UACAGUUCUGGCAGUCCUGGUAGCUAUCAGUAGGCCUAAUAUAAAUGUCUUAUAUAACAUUCUGCACAUUUAUUUUUUGGCCCAUGGGAUGAAUAUGAUUAGGUACAUUUAUUUAUUAGUUAACUAUUUAUUUAUUUGUAACCAUUUUCAAACAGUAGAGCAUGGGUUCCCACUUAAUAUUAAAUUUAUUAAACUUAAUAGCCAGUUAAUGCAAAAACUGAUAAGAUUAUAUCUUGCAUGGAAUAAAAGUUAGAUAAAAGCAUCUAAAAAAUGUAACCCUAUUUUAUUAUGCCUACUUAAGAGUGAAAGAUGUCCAAGUACAAUGAUGCUACACCAGACCAUUUGAGCUCUAAAUUAUUAUCAACACAAAAAUACUUUAGAAAAAAUCACCUACUACUUAAAUGUAGCAAUGGAUUAGAGUGAAUUAUAGUCGCACCAUUUUAGACAUCAGUCUGCGAACAAGAUAAUGAAGUAUUUACCAGGAGAUCAGGCCGCUCUUAGACCAGCGGGCUAAAAUUAGGCCUGGUCCAUGAGGUUUAGACGCCGCCAACACUUUCAGCAUUUGUUGUUGUUGUGUCUGCAGUAGUUUACAGUCAAAGACCCUGUUCAGUUAGCAUAAUGUCAGGAAAAUGAAAAGCCACUGGUGAAAACUAACUGGAUUAAGGAAGUUUGAAUGAGGAGGUGCCCAGAGUGUAACCAACAGUGAUGUGAGAGGGAUUUCCCUUUGUCGGCUCUGUGCCUGUGCUUUCCUUGCCUUCCGGCUAAUCCUUCUCACCAACGACCUUGGGCUCAAUGCUAAUCUGACCGGAGAGAGAGAGAGCCUAAGAGUCUUUAAGCCUUCAGAGCCCAGGUUAUGAGGAGUUUGGAUCGAAAACAUGGUCUGUCUGAUGCUUGCAGUUGCUCAGGCAUGAACGGCCUCAUGUGCAGCAGUCAUGCUCUGUGAGGACUCAUCACCUGGACUCAGCGCUGGUCCGGAUUCUGUGGUUCUGGUGAAAGCGAAUGCUGAGACCUCCACGGAUCCUGUACAGGAGGUCAUUCACAGCAGCACUUAUGUUUCCUCUGUGAUCCCUGCACACGGCGGCAUCAGUCUGAACGCUGAGGAGCCGUUCUGUCGAAUCUGUCAUGAAGGCAGCAGCGCGGGUGAUCUGUUAUCUCCCUGCGAGUGUGCUGGCUCUCUGGCGAUGGUGCACCGUGUUUGUCUGGAGCGCUGGCUCAUGGCCUCCGGCACCAGCUGCUGUGAGCUCUGCCACUUUGAGUUCGCUCUAGAGAGACUUCCCAAACCACUCACCGAGUGGUUCACCACACCUUCCAUGCAGCAGCAGAGACGGACGCUGUGCGGGGACAUCAUCUGUUUCCUGUUCAUCACACCCUUAGCGAGUCUGUCAGGCUGGCUGUGUGUGCAGGGAGCCAUGGAUCUGUACUACAGCAACAGCAUGGAGGCCGUGGGACUCAUUGUUCUCACACUCACACUCUUCACUAUUUACCUCUUCUGGACUGUUGUAUCCCUACGUUACCACAUUCACCUCUUCAGGACUUGGAAUGAGACGUAUCCCAGCGUCCGGCUACAGAUGCCCCGUCCUGUGAAGACACAUCAGAGACCAAAACAUCUGACAAUGCACUUCUUGUGCAAAUACAAGAGUAAGGAGACCAUGGUGUAGUGCCUGAAACAUCAUCAGGAAGAAAACAGCUGGCUGUUUCAGACAAACCCUGAUUUCAUGACGUCCUGACUUUGUGUCAAGCCCUGAUUUUGAGUCACACUUAGAUCUGGAAUGAUAUUCUGAUCUGGGACUCACACGCUGAACUGAAUCAAUGUCUAAAUUUGGAGUGAGACCCCAAUUUUGAGAGAUUUGGAGUUACACUCCGAUUUGGAGCAGAUGGUUUCAUCUGAACGUCUGUUUUAAAUAAUGAAAGAAAAGAACACGUCUUCUUAAAUAAACCAGAGAACAAUGUUUUUGAUAUGAUAAUGACCGAGCUAUUUAUACCUGCAGGUUUUAUCUUACAAAACUUGCUUCAUAAUUAUUUAACAGAAUAUAUGUCUAGAAGAACAUACAGUGGCUGUGGCUAGGCAAGACAAUCAUACAGAUUAGCAGAUCAUUUCAUUACUGUUUGCUUUAUCAUGGAAACACUUAAAACUGUUCUCCCAUGAAAACAUGGAAAAUGUGAACAUUUAAUCAUCUUUUAAUCAUUUGAUGUUGUAGCUGAAUUGAAAGGCCUAAACCGAAUCCUGUGUACAUUGUGUGCAUUGUAAAUGUCACAUCAGAAAAUCCAACAUGAGAACAUAUACCCUACCAUUUUUGAAAGUAAUUAGUACUUUUAUUCAGCAAGGAUGCAUUAUAAUGAUCAAAAAUGACAGUAAAGCCAUUUAUUUCUAUUCAU